AAUAUGAAGACUCUUCUGUGUGAGGGGGAUAUGAAGUUGGAUGGCCAAUUUAAUGAAAGAGUCUCACCUGAGGGAGGGACUUCCCCAUCCAGUGAGCAGAGCAGGGUAGGCCAGGAGAAUGGUCAAGAAUCAGUUGUUCCUGAGAAUGCACAGGGAGAUUACGAAAAAGAGAACAAAGACGGCACUCCAAGCACGAGUCUUGGCAGACUGCAGCAGCGUUCCAGGGAAAUACGCAGCAAGUUCAAGGUACUAGGAAGCUACGGAACACCAUCAGCAUUGCGGUCACUGAAAUCUCCAGCCUCCAGAGGCACACACAAGCCUUUUCGGAUGCCAUUUCGACAGCCUCUGGAUUCAGCUAAAAAUGAAUAGGCUAAUUAAUGAAGUGUAAUGGAUUACCUGUCCAUUUUUGUUUGGCACUGGAUUGCUUCAGUUCCUUGAAAUGGAUCAUGAAAUUUCAUUGGUUCCGUGUUUAUAUUCUGUGAUGUUUCAUUAAGAUACAGACUGUGAUUUUGUUUGUAGCCAUAUGAUAUAGGCCUAGCCUUACUUAAUUUAAGUACUUUAGAAUGAUUAUUUUUAUUAGGUUUGUGAUAUUGCCAAGAAACCUUUUUUUUUGUGUGUGUGUGUGUUACAAUAUUUUUUACAUAAUUGAAUUUGUAUAAAAGGGAUAUCCUUUCAGAUUCCUUGAGUAUAAGGUAUACCAAAUAAAUAUGUAUAGACUGA